CGCUCGGUUGCAAUUGCAAUUAGUUCGGUGGAGUGACGUCGAAGAGUGAGGUAGCAGAGCAUCAUGCCCGUAGAGCUGUAUCUCUUUCAGGGUAGCGCCCCUUGCACAUUUGUGCAAAUGGUAGCUAAGCACAUUGGCGUCGACCUCUGUCUUAAGGAACUUGAUUUUCUGAAACGAGAACACGAGGCACCGGAGUUCACCAAGAUCAACCCGUUUCAAAAGGUUCCGACAAUAAACGACUCUGGAUUCAUUCUCUACGAGAGCUCUGCCAUCGCUUACUACUUGGUGAACAAAUACGCACCAACGUCGGAUCUCUACCCGAAGGACGUCAAGAAAAGAGCACGCGUUGAUCAAGUCCUUUCUGUAGUGUCGACACACAUUCAGCCAAAGUUCUCGGCAUUUUCGAUACCAUCGUUCAGGACCAACAAGAAACCGAGCGUUGAGAGCUUCAAAGAAUUUGAGGAAGGUGUCGUCAAGGCUUUCCAGCAGGUUAUCGGCGACACAGCAACGUUUGUGGCGUGCGAUAAUCUGACCCUCGCGGAUAUUCGUCUAAUUUCUCUCCUGGCCUGCAUUGUUCCGCUGAAGGAUCUUUUCGAUGGGUCGAAGUACCCGAAUUUGGCAGCCUACUACGACCGAGUGACCACGAAGAUGCCCUAUUUUGAAGAGCUUUUGCGACGCCACAUUGAAGAUCGUUCCAGAUUUUGGGCCACCCUUCAGUAAACACCGAAAAAGAAGCCAGCGACGAAGCCUAAAAAAUUAUAAUAAAGUGACAGUCAUGUCCACCUCUAAAAAAUC